CAUCCGGCUCGGCAGGGGCCCUUGUCCCAUCUCAAGCUGCUCUUCCCCCCGUUCAAGCCUGGUGUCCUUCAGAGAUCUUCUGCGCAGGCUCGGUUCGCACCUAAAACACGCUCGUGGCUUCCCUUCCUGAUGGGUAUGGUGCAGGUUCUCCAGACGCUCAACCUGGCGGGUAUCUUCACGGACCCCAAAACCAUCGUCGACAAAGUACGUCGCCCAUGUGACCGCGUGAAAAUGAUCCAAACUUUCCGCAGCCGACUUCGAAAAACAGGAGCACUGUGCUUGCUGAUUUUGCGGCGUUGAACAGCAGCGGCACCGCUCUCACGGAGGG